AUGAUGUAUUCAGCCGCUUUCUCCUCUGUGUUUUCAGUACCUUUGCAGACACUGACUUCAAACUCAGUUUUCCCUUGUAUGGUUUCAAGUGUUUCGUCAUUCCAAACUAAAUUUGGGUCCUCUAAAUCAGCAGUUUUCGGACAUGGGUUGUCUGUUCCAUCCAGAAAUCUAUCUGGGUUUCUGCUAAAGUCUUCACCUUUUAGUACUGUGUUUGCCAGGGCUGCUACCGGGAAGAGUAUUUAUGAUUACACUGUCAAGGAUAUUGAUAAGAAUGAUAUUUCACUCAGCAGUUUCAAGGGAAAGGUCCUUCUGAUUGUCAAUGUAGCUUCUAAAUGCGGCUUGACAUCGUCAAAUUAUACGGAGCUUUCUCACAUAUAUGAGAAAUACAAAGGUCAAGGAUUUGAAAUUCUAGCCUUUCCAUGUAAUCAAUUUGGGGGGCAAGAACCAGGAUCGAACUCUGAUAUCAAACAGUUUGCUUGUACUCGAUUUAAAGCAGAAUUUCCAAUUUUUGAUAAGGUUGAUGUUAAUGGACCCAAUACUGCUCCAGUCUAUCAGUUUUUGAAAUCAAAUGCUGGUGGGUUUUUGGGUGAUUUGAUCAAGUGGAACUUUGAGAAGUUUCUGGUGGACAAAAAUGGCAAAGUUGUUGAAAGAUAUCCACCUACGACAUCACCGUUCCAGAUUGAGGUAUCUUUUCACUUCUGGCUGGAGUAA